GUAGGCAGGCAAUGUACCUUAAGGUUCUCCUCUGAACCAUUUCUUUUCUAUAUCUAGAGCCUUGAUGAAGCUGCAAAUUGAUUACAAUAUUGAAUAAGAAUUACAUAAAGCCGGCGAUUGCAGUCACUGUUGAUUCUACUUUUCAAUUUUCUCAUCUGUUAUCACCUUAAUAUCUCUCUAUCAGUUUUUUUAAUUUGUUGCCAAUUUUGAGAAUACUAUGGUUAUGGUGUGCAUUGGUUGGAGUAUUGUGUAACCCAAGCCACCGUUGACUGUGAGGGCAAAGAGUUAGAUGUGAUCGGUUGUGUACUUCAAAAAAUUAAGUAAUCUUUAUGUUGGUUUUCUAUAUUUGGCUCAUUCAAUUAGUACAAGACUCAUACAGGAUUCAUCUUUUGGUGGUUUCUGUACAUUGGUUUUAUCAAAAACUUAGUCUAAAUCUCUCUAGCCUAUGUUAUUUUUAUAUGAGUUACACAGGCAGAAGUUGAUCAUUAAAUUAAAGGUUGUCUGGUUCUUGGUGUAAAGUCUCUUUGCUUUUGUUACAUUUCAGGCCUUAUCAGCUAGAUUUCAGAUAUCAUUUCUUUGUUAGUAAAUCAUGACAGAAGCUUCAGGUGUUUGUGUUUCAAUGAACCCAAGAUGGGAUUUCAAAGUUCAUGAAGUUGCUCAAAGCAGUUUCAGACUCGCCAAUCACUUGUUUAGUUGCAUUUGUGAUCAAAGUCAAAAGAGAAGCAUUCAAGAAGUAAACCUUAUGGCUCAAGAUGCAGUGAAUGGAUUCAGAAAAUUGCUUGCCCUCCUUGAUGGAUCAAUUCAAUCAGACUGUAAGAGGAUCAGAAAGGGUCCGUUGCCGAAAUCCUGUAACGUAAAUCCAAUUGAAUUGAUGGAUAGCCCCAGUUUUGCAUCUCAAAGUUCUGGUUGCAAAUCAAGCCAACCGCAUAUUCUCAGACAAUUAGUCUCUCCACAGAAUAAUCAAUCAAAUACUGGUUUAAUCCCCAGAAAUGUGGUGGUUUUGCCAAAUUUGAUCAUGGGAUUGCAUCAUUCUUCAACACUGCCAAGCAUGUCACUGUUUAGUUUGGAAGGACGAAGUAACAUGGACAAGAAGAUAAUUCCAAAGUCAUCAUCAGAAAUUCUGGUUUCUCAGGAUGAGUCUUGUAUGUUUCCUUCCAAGAGAAAGGUUGGGGUGGAGAGUGAAGAAGCUAGUACAAAAUGUGCUGCAUCAACUGGGGGAUGUCACUGUUCAAAGAGACGGAAACUGAGAAUAAAGAAAACUUUUCGGGUUCCAGCUAUAAGCAACAAACUAUCUGAUAUACCUCCAGAUGAUUACUCUUGGAGGAAAUAUGGACAGAAACCCAUUAAAGGAUCUCCUUAUCCUAGGAGCUACUACAAGUGCAGCAGCAUGAAGGGAUGCCUGGCAAGAAAGCACGUGGAACGAUGUUUGGAGGAUCCAACCAUGCUAGUUGUGACUUAUGAAGGAGAUCAUAAGCACUCGAGUAUCACAUUUCAAGCCCCCAAUGUGAUAGUUCAAGUUCAGAAGUAGAACCAUUCCAAGGAAUUCCAUGCCAGUAUUUUCCAAGCUAGAAGUGUUUCUGCCUGUGCUUGGAAAUUUUCGUUUGAAGAUUCUCUGUUUUCAAUGAGAAAAGCCAGUUUUCUCCUGUGAAUGUUCAUAAACUUCUGCAGUUUCAAGCCUCCGUCUCUUCCUUCUGUGUAAGGGUAACUUCCACAAAUUGUGCACAUCACAAAUAAAAUUUCCAUUCAGUUUUUCAAAAAAACUGACCCUGAGAGAUGAACAAUUUAUAUGGGAUUGGGCAAUUAAGUUCCAAGACAGUGCCACUCCAUCAUAACUUGGAAAAUCUCAAAUAAAAUGUCAGAAUAUGCUCAUGAUUGCAUCAUCUCCUAGCAUUUGCCUUUCUCGGGUUUUCCUAUAAGCCCAUUAAUCAAGCCCAAAUAUAUUUUUUUUAA